ACUGUACGAGUGUACGAUACAGUGAGUGUACGCCAUUUUGGUUGUUCCGACUUGCAGUGAAAUUCGGGUUACACCGCGUCUCAAGAACGGCGCAACGUGAAAAAAUAAAUACGACAUAAAACGGCGAUAACGUGCAAUAUGGACAAUCCGGGUGAUUUUUUGAAGGAAUUUAAUGCUCUGGGAUUAGGUGUUGAAAACGUUACACAUACCUUCGACACAACUCUUAUGGCGUUUCGAAUUAUCGUUUGUAUUUUGGGAUUACUUGGAAAUUUCAUGGUGAUAUUUGUGAUUCUUGUACUCCGGGAAUAUAAGAAAGCAGUAACGCAUUGGUAUGUGCUUCAACUCGCGCUUGCCGAUUCAAUAUUUUUGAUGACCCUACCUUUCAAAGUAGUUGAAGAUUAUCAUGAUGAAUGGAUAUUUUCUGCGUGGUUGUGCAAAGCAAAAGAAACAAUCUUGUUCCUGAAUUAUUACUCGUCCAUCUUAUUCCUCAUGGUGAUGAGCAUUGACCGCUACAUUGCAGUAUGCCACGGAUUCUCGAACAUUUCACAGAAACUUCGGACAAAACCAUCCGCUUAUAAAAUUACUGUGAUCGUUUGGAUAACUUCAUUGAUUCUAUGCAUUCCUAUAAUGCUAUACAGCAAUAAGCGGGGAAUUCAUGGCUUGUCUUGUAGAUGCCAAUAUGAGUUUCCGAGGCCGAGCAGAUUACCAGAAGAUAUUUGUAAAGACGAAGGAUUUAACACAAAUGCUACCCUGGCUGAUUGUAUAGAAAAACAAAUUAAAAAACAGAGUGAAACUGGUUGUACGAAUCUUGAUGACCAAUUCAACCUGAUUGACCAAUUCAACCUGAUUGGCCAAUUCAACCUGACUGAUCAAUUCAACCUGACUUUAACUGACUUGUAUUAUUCGUAUAGCAGUGGACAAGAAGAUGUUACACCGUCGACAAAUUUACCAGGCGAUGAUGGCAUGCAAUUUUCAACAGCUGCAAAAAUAUCUGAAGCCGGUGUUGCUUAUGAAAUGGGAUGUUCGUAUGCAAUGAACGGACAAGCGUGGACAUCGUACUUAAUAUUCAACUUUGUGGUCAUGUUUCUCCUGCCUUUAAUUAUCAUGUCGGCCUGUUAUUGUUUAAUCGCAAUACGACUCAAGCAAUCCAGAGUUCGUCGUUCUAGUAUCGCCAACGAAAGUACGUCUAAUCCAAGCGCAUCAGGUGGAAAUACAAAGAAGGGGGAACGAAAACGCACUCGGUCAGCAGCUACCACAAAGGCCGAAAAGAAUCGCAUUCGAGUCACCUGCACCUGUCUUGUUCUCGUCCUGCUAUUUCUUGUGUGCUGGCUGCCGUUCCACGUCGUCCAUUUAGCCAAAAUAAAAGGAAUAGCAGAUAAAAAACCCGAAUACUGCGCAUGGAUUGGUGCAGUAUCCUCGUUGAUUGCAUAUUUCAACUCAGCUCUCAAUCCGUACAUUUAUAAUUUUAUUGGAACGAGAUUUGGAAAAAGAUUAAGCGACCUUUUGAGAGGUUGGAAAGAAAGUAUGCAGCCAGGGAAUAGAUCAAAAAUUUGUUCGACGACUACAUUCCGCCCCAAAAAUACCGGAAAUCUGGACAAAAGACUUGAAAAAUUUAAAAAGAGAGGUCAGCGGCAGGAUCGGUCAAAACAUCAGUCAAAAAACGAACAUCGUCUUUGUCGUCUGGAGGAGGAGCAGUUCGUUACACAAAUAGAAAGCCGAGUCGUGGAGGAAAUUCAAUCAGCAACGGCGAUACUAUGAUGACAAAAAUUGAUAGAGGAAAAACUGAAAUGGAAAGUUUUAACACGACACCUAUGGACGAUGACGUGUUUAGAAAUGGAAAUCCCGAUGUCCAAGAACCGUUAGUUUCAACGACGUAAGAAUAAAAAAUGAAAGAUUGGAUUACCGUCAUAUAUAUAUAUUAUGUACCCAUGUUUUUUGUAUAGCCUACAAAUGCCAACUUGAAUUCUUGUAUUGUAAAUAAUACAAUAUUGUAGUCUUUGUGAACACCACCAAAUAAACCAAAAUCCAUUGUAGAA